CACCCUAAAUAUUUAAUAAUGUGAGGUUAAUUUUAGACUUUAAUUUUUGAAAUUUUAAUUAUUGUUCAGAUAUGUCUAGAUUUAGUGGAGUAUUGCAGUUAACCGACUUGGACGAUUUUAUAACACCUUCUCAGGAAUGUAUUAAACCUGUUAAAAUAGAGAAAAUAAGUUCCACAGGGGCAAAGAUAAAAAUACAAGAAGAUGGAUCGUACUUUCAAAUUGAAGAAGAUGGCAGCACACAAAAAUUACAAAAAGUUGAGAUAACUCUUUCCGACUGUUUGGCUUGUUCUGGGUGUAUCACAUCAGCAGAAAGUGUUUUAGUUACUCAACAAAGUCAGGAAGAAUUGCUAAGAGUCUUUCAAGAAAACAAAAAUUUAAAACUACAGGGUAGGUCUCAAGAUGCAAAGCUAAUAAUUGUGUCAGUUUCUAUUCAGCCAAUACUAUCACUGGCGAUAAGUUACAAUUUACCACCAAAUAACUGUGCAGCGAAACUCGCGCAAUAUUUCAAACAGCUAGGAGCUGAUAUGGUUGUAGACAUGACUAUUGCUGAAGAUCUAGCAUUACUGGAAUCACAAAAGGAGUUCAUAAGGAGGUAUCGAGCCACAGAAAGUGACGGGGUAAAAAAUAUUUUGCCUAUGCUGGCCUCUAGUUGUCCAGGUUGGGUGUGUUACGCAGAGAAGACUCAUGGCAGUUACAUCUUACCAUAUAUAGCCACAACGAAAUCGCCGCAACAAAUUAUGGGUUCUUUGAUAAAACAGUGGGUUGGACAUAACUUAGGGGAUCGCCAAAUCUACCAUGUCACUGUGAUGCCAUGCUAUGACAAGAAGUUAGAAGCUGCCCGUGAAGACUUUUUUUCUCAAGAAACUCAAUGUCGAGAUGUGGACUGCGUGAUAACAGCAAUUGAAUUAGAACAGAUGUUAUUAAAAGACGGAAUUUCGCUAGACAGCUUGGAUAGUUCAAAGUUCUCGCAACCCUGGCUUUUGAAAAAUGGCCAGGAAGUUAAUCCUGUACUGACAAGGCAUAUCGGAUCGGGUUCAGGUGGAUAUGCCGACCAUAUUUUUAAAUAUGCUGCAAAAGAAUUAUUUGGGGAUGAAAUUGAGAAAUUAGAGUACAAAAACUUAAGGAAUCCAGAUUUUAGAGAAGUUAUAUUGGAGAAAAAUGGAAAAGUAUUGCUGAGAUUUGCAAUUGCUAAUGGCUUUAGAAAUAUACAAAAUUUUGUUCAAAAGCUGAAGCGAGGGAAGAGUCAAUAUCAGUACGUUGAAGUGAUGGCGUGUCCUUCAGGGUGUUUAAAUGGAGGUGCUCAGGUUCGACCGAAAGAUGGGACGACGGUCAAGGAACUAUCAACUCGGUUAGAGGAAUUGUAUAAUUCUCUACCCGUCACUUAUCCGGAAGAAAACAAAUUAGUUAAUGAAUUGUACGAUUCUUGGUUGGGCGGACAAGACAGUGAUAAAAGCAAUGUUAUAUUGCACACCCAGUAUCAUGCGGUCGAAAAAGCAACAAACGCAUUAAAUAUAAAGUGGUAAUUAUGUUAUUAAGAAUAAAAGUUAUGUUGGUUUA